GUCAAAAUGGCAGCCACAAAGAUCCCGAUCGUCAAGAAGAAGACCAAGAAGUUUGCUCGUCACCAUUCUGAUCGGUACCACCGGGUCGGCGAAUCAUGGAGGAAGCCAAAGGGUAUCGACUCUGCCGUCCGUAGGCGCUUCAAGGGCACUGUCUUGAUGCCCAAGAUUGGUUACGGUAGCAACAAGAAGACCAGGCACCUCAUGCCUAACGGAUACAGGCGGCUGGUUGUGUCGAACGUGAAGGACGUUGAGCUGCUGCUCAUGCACAACGCUUCGUUCGCAGCAGAGAUUGCGCACAACGUCAGCUCUAAGAAGCGCAUCGACAUUCUCGAGAAGGCGAAAGCGCUCGGUGUCCAGGUCACCAACGCCAACGCGAGAGUCCGUGCCGAGGAGGCAUAGGCGGUCAUGAUCUAAGCUUGACCAUCACCUUCGCUCCCAUCCUCCACUUCCCCUCGUCGCCCUACAUGCAUCUCGGCGAGGCGAAUACUCUCAUCCUUACCUCCCUGCCCACGUCCACAUGUCGCAUGGAGGCAGGCCAUGCCUAUGCAUUUUGAACUCUUUGGUGUUCGCAAAAGAAUUCCGCACUCGUCGGAAAAGGGCGACGAUGUAUUUCUGGC